UGUUACACACGUUCGUAGGGUUGUUGUCGGAGCGAAGGAGCACAUUAUCUACCUGUAGCGAUUGCUACCCAUAGUGGAGUUAAAAAAUUUUCAAUUUAAUAUCAUCACCAUGUUGGAUCUUUCGCCCAAUUUAUGUUUCCUUUUGCUGGCCAUUUCCGCCGUGCUAGUGCAGAAUGUAGGGGCAACCGCUCCGGAUCAUUCAUAUGCGGAUAGUGCACUCGAGAAGGACAACGAAAUGCCCACAAUGCAAAAGCGACCGGCCUUUUUUGUGGGCAGUCGAUAUGGACGGUCUAGUGGAAGUCCUGCCUCUGCACCUGCUGGUGUCGGCAGUUCCAAGUCGCGACGCCUCAUCAUUGUUCCACGUAAUGACCGCUUCUUUUUGGGUUCGCGUUAUGGUAAGCGGAAUGGCGAGUACCUAUCACCAUACGAACAGGAUAGUCUUGGACGAGCUCUUGAGGCCAAGGACUCGCCAAGGGAAUCAAAUCAACACAAUCCGGGGGACAGCAGGCCAAGGCCAGGUGCCAUAAUGUCGUGUGUCUACACGGGCAUCGGUAACUACUUCCGCUGUAGCAAUGCAAAUAACGAGCUCAACAAUAUCAUGAACUCCAGUAUAGAUGAGACUAUGGAUUCCGCUGGGAUGACAGCGGAUGAUGCCAAUACUAAGUAAAGCUGUGGCGGUAUAUAACUGGCGAAUGAUUGACCAACAUUUUGGGCUUGUAGUGGCACAUGGUCCUCCAACUUUCAAUAUAAUCCUUGUUAACCAAUGGCUUAUCUGCGACUUAUGUUUGUAUGUAUGUUAUUUAUUUUUUGACCUACAAAACGAUAUUAAAACUUUUCACAGGGGCUGGAAAAAGUUUUAAUAUCAAUAUCCGAAUAAGUAUUGGCGCUUGCAUACAUGCACACAUUUACAUUUGAUUAUAUAU